AUAGUGAGGCGUCGGCGCGCUGCUGACUCUGCCUCUUUUUCGUUUCGGCUGUAGAGGGAGGAAGCUUGGGUCGAGGGCGUUAGGCCUGCGAAGCACCACACCAUGUCGAAGUCUGAGUCCCCAAAGGAGCCUGAGCAGCUGCGUAAGCUGUUCAUUGGUGGCCUCAGUUUUGAGACGACAGAUGAGAGCCUUCGCAAUCAUUUUGAACAAUGGGGGACGCUUACAGAUUGUGUGGUAAUGAGAGAUCCAAAUACUAAGCGCUCCAGGGGCUUUGGAUUUGUCACUUACUCAACAGUGGAGGAAGUUGAUGCUGCCAUGAAUGCCAGGCCGCACAAAGUUGAUGGUAGAGUUGUUGAACCAAAAAGAGCUGUAUCCAGAGAGGAUUCUCAGAGGCCUGGAGCCCACUUAACAGUGAAGAAAAUCUUUGUUGGAGGAAUUAAGGAAGACACAGAGGAGCACCACCUGAGGGACUACUUCGAACAGUAUGGCAAAAUUGAAGUCAUUGAGAUAAUGACAGAUCGUGGCAGUGGCAAAAAGAGGGGAUUUGCCUUUGUUACUUUUGAUGACCAUGACUCUGUGGACAAGAUUGUCAUUCAGAAAUACCAUACUGUGAAUGGGCAUAACUGUGAAGUCAGAAAAGCUUUGUCAAAACAGGAAAUGGCCAGUGCUACUUCAAGUCAACGAGGCCGCAGUAGUUCUGGCAGCUUUGGCAGUGGACGCGGAGGUGGAUUUGGUGGCAGUGACAACUUCAACCGUAGCAGCAACUUUGGUGGCCGUGGUGGGUUUGGCAGCCGUGGUGGUGGAGGAGGAGGUGGAGGAGGUGGUGGUUAUGGAGGCAGUGGAGAUGGCUAUAAUGGAUUUGGCAAUGAUGGCUAUGGAGGUAGUGGCUCUGGAUAUUCUGGAGGAAGCAGGGGUUAUGGCAGCAGUAGCAGCUAUGAUGGCUAUAACAACGGAGGUGGUGGCUUUGGUGGUGGCAGUGGAGGAAGCAACUUCGGAGGUGGUGGAAAUUACAAUGACUUUGGCAGUUACAAUAACCAGUCUUCAAAUUUUGGACCCAUGAAAGGAGGAAACUUUGGAGGCAGGAGCUCUGGCCCAUAUGGUGGGAGUGGUGGAAACAAAGCUUUAGCAGGAGAGGAGAGCCAGAGAAUUGACAGGGAAGCUACAGGUUACCAAGUUGUGAACUCAGCCAAACACAGUUGUGGCAGGGUAGAACUGCCUCAUGAAGACAUGUGUUAGACAAGCGCUUGUUUGCAAACAUCAGGACUGUAUUUGUGACUAACUGUAUAACAGGAUAUUUUAGUUUUUGUGUUCUGUGGAAAGUGCAAAGCAUUCCAACAAGGGUUUUUAUGUAGAUUAUUUUUUCCAAACGAAUAAUGUUGACUGCUGACUGUAAUAGACUGAUCAUGACGCUGAAUAAAUGUGUCUCCUUUUUUAAA